AUGGCGGACCCGUCGGAGGCAACGGCAGGCACCACACCGAGCCCGGGUGCGUUUCAGUCGUUGGCACGCAACAACAGCUAUGUCAUACCGGGGCUGUACGAUCUGAAUGUGGAGGACACGAACUGGGUCCUGACGUCGUCGUUCAUUAUCUUCACGAUGCAGACCGGUUUCGGGAUGCUAGAGUCCGGUUGCGUUUCGGUGAAGAACGAGGUCAACAUCAUGAUGAAGAACAUCAUCGACAUAGUGCUGGGCGGAUUCACGUACUGGCUGUUCGGGUACGCGAUGGCGUUCGGACGGGGCGAGCUAAACAAUCCGUUCGUGGCGCUCGGUGACUUCCUCAUCGAUCCCGGUGUGAGUGAUCCACUGUUUGGGCCGAUCUUUGCCGCGUUCCUGUUCCAGCUGUCGUUCUCAACGACGGCCACCACGAUCGUCAGUGGGGCCAUGGCGGAAAGAUGCAACUUCAAAGCGUACUGCAUUUUCUCCUUCUUUAACACGAUCGUCUACUGCAUACCGGCCGGCUGGGUUUGGGGUGAGCACGGCUUCCUCAAGAAUCUGGGCGUCGUCGAUAUAGCGGGCAGUGGCCCAGUGCACCUAAUCGGUGGUGCAUCGGCAUUCGCAUCGGCCGCCAUUCUGGGACCACGGUUGGGUCGAUACGCGAAAGGUACUGAUCCUCUACCACUUGGCAAUCCAGUGAACGCUUGCAUGGGCCUGUUUGUGCUUUGGUGGGGCUGGUUAGCAUUUAACUCCGGCAGCACGUAUGGUGUCAGUGGGGCCAAGUGGGCAUACGCGGCACGUGCCGCCGUAAUGACGAUGAUGGGUUCGUUUGGAGGUGGAAGCUUUAGCAUCAUCUAUUCGAUGAUCAACAACGAUGGACGAAUGGAUGUGGUGGAUCUAAUUAAUGGUAUUCUGGCGUCGCUCGUCUCAGUAACGGCUGGAUGCUAUCUUUACCAUGCCUGGGAAGCGAUCCUUAUCGGUGCGAUCGGUUCCGCUCUGUGUUGCUUCGGAAUGCCACUGUUCGAUCGCAUGGGUGUGGAUGAUCCUGUUGGCGCAAGUUCCGUGCAUGGGAUCGCUGGCAUCUGGGGCGUACUUGCGGUGGGCUUCUUUGCGGACAACCCGCUACGCAUGGAUACUACCAGCGGUCGAUCGGGACUGUUCAAGGGUGGCGGUUGGUACAUGCUCGGUGUCCAAUCACUUUCAGCCCUCUGUCUCGCCUGUUGGGGCGUCUGCUCUACGUUCGUGCUGCUGUGGCUCAUCAACAAGGUCGUCCCAAUCCGGAUGGACCCGAACGAGGAACUGCUUGGAGCGGAUCUGAUGGAGCACCGCAUCCGACACACACAGAUUGGUAUCUCGCGAGCACUUUCCGCCCUUGCCCCAAUCCAGCUCGAUCUGGACGAUGUGAUCGAUGCGCCACCGAUCGGGCGAAAUCCGGGACACGAGCGAUGUGUGGACGAAAUACAAGCCGCCAGCCAAAAGUUACAUCAGUGGCGGGAAGCGAUGGACAAGUUUGCCAACCGGGCCGAAACGGGAACGGUCAAGUCGAAAGCAAGCGGAUCGCGACGUCAUCGUACCAAAAGCUUUCUGGGAAGAUCGCACGGUAAUGGGAAGGAUAAUGCGGCGUACGAGCGUGACGGUAAGGUUAGCGUCAAGAUGGGUGGGGCGGGGGGUGAAAGCAAGGAAGCGCAUCAACUGUCCGUGAUUGGAAGUGAGCAAAGCUACCAGGUGGGAAGCACCGAUCGGAACGGCGAUCGUAACUUUGCUUGGAUCGACUAACCACACCGAUACGAUCCCACAGUUUUCAUCCCAACGAAU